CUCGUAGCUAUUUUUUUUUAUUUUAUUUUUUUAAAUAAAAUCCAGUUGAUUAGUAAGCAGGCUUGGAGCGCGCACGGGUCACAGGGGCGUGGCCAGAAUGCCAGUCUUUCUCAAUAUAAAUAUGGGAUUCUGGCCACCGGUAAAACUGGGUUUAGCCGGGAUGUACCUUUGGGUCGCUCGAUGAAGAUGUGGAUAGUUUUCUUCGGCGGUGCCUCUUCAAAGACGUCAGAAAGGUCGGUGGUUGCCUUGAGUUUCUUUUUCUCAGACACGUUGUCAAGUACGAUGGGCUGUUCAUCGUCAUCGUCGUCGGCGUCGACAGGAAUCGUGACACGCCAGAGCACCAGGUCCUUGGCGGUAAUGUCGUCGAAGGCGGGUGUUUGUUUGGCCUUGAUUGCGUCCUUGAGCUGGCCGACGGUCUCGUCUGAAGAUAUCUUCACGGGAAACGCACUCGAUGAGGGGUCGCCGCUAACGAGACAGAAUAGGGAGAGUGUAUUUGCCGCCAUGGAUGGAUGUUUUUUGGUAAUGGAGAAACGAGGCACGUGUAAAUGGAGAAGCAAUGCGCCUGUGAAUGUGGGGUGUGUGCGAGCGGAGGGAGGGAGUAAAGAGCAGAGAGAGCACCAGCGUCAAAAAAAGGUUCGGUGUUGUGUGCGGAUGGAGACGUAGUGCGCUUGUGAAUGU